CAAAACUAUAAAUCAAAAAUUCGUAGAAGUAACAUUUUUCUGUGCGUUAAGCUUAAUAAUCGCAGGUUUUUUGUAACUGUGCAAGUCUGAGACAGUUUAUCUCAUUGUUCCACUUUUUUGCUACCGACUAUCGACAAACCAAUCAGAUUUCUUGAAGGGUAGUUCUUGUUUCUUUUCGAUGCAUUGUGAUUGGCUGUAGUCUGGUGGUGAAGGUCAUCCGUCCACUAGCCCGGUUUUCUUAGUUAUUUACGAAAUGUUGUUAUUUAAGUGAAGUUUCUAAAGUGUGAGAUUAAGCAGUUUCAAGAUUUACUUAACAACAUAACCACGUGGACCUCUUCCUGAAAUGUCUCCUCCGCACCUACAAGGCCUCGGCCCAUCCCACCAGCAAGAAAAACCAAAUUCCCAACCGGGAACAUCAUUUCAAGCAACAACUUCAUCGGGCGGCCAAGGCUGCGUUUCCCGAGCCCCUGUUAUCAAGCCGGGUACCAAGGGUAGACCCAUAAAAAUUGAAAGCAACCAUUUAUCCUUGAAUCUGGGCAGCCUCACAAAGGCUUACCAUUACGACGUCUCUAUCACACCUGACACUCCUAAAUGUUUAUUUCGCGACGUGAUGAAUCUCUUCGGUCGAAAACACUAUCCGAAAAAUCAUCCAGGUUACGACGGCCGGAAAAAUCUCUAUACGCCGAAAAAAUUGCCUUUACCCAAUGACACUAUAAGCGACAUAAUUGAAGUUGAAGGAGAGAACCAGAAAAAGCAGUUCAAAGUUGAGAUUAAAUUGGCGAGAACAGUCGAUUUGUCGCCUCUUCAUGAUGUUUUAAGGACGAGGCAGUCGCCACAGGACGCCUUACAAUGCCUGGAUAUAGUCCUCAGGAAUGCUCCUUCCAACACUUGUAUAAACGCAGGGAGGUGUUUUUUCACUCCUCCAAGAGGAGGCCAAAUUAUACCUCUCGGGGACGGCAUGGAGAUGUAUUACGGGUUUUAUCAGUCGGCAAUUAGAGGUUGGAAACCCCUCCUCAACGUCGACAUUGCCCAUAAACCGUUUCCUAGUGCUUUGAACGUAUUAGACCUCGUGUGCGAACUUGGAAGCGAUUACAGAAACACCAUAAUGCGGGAACAUCUCAACAGACCUCUUCCCGAUUUCAUCCAAAAGGCGUUGGAAAAAUUCAUCAAGCUGUUGAAAGUCAAUUAUGAGAUACCGGGCCAAAGUGGCUCCAAACGCGUUUAUCGCGUCAACGGUCUCGGCGCGCCCGCCAGUCAAGCCCAAUUCAAGCUCGACGACGGCAAAAUCACCACCGUGGACAAAUACUUUCAAGACGUCAAACGUUGCAGACUCCGGUAUCCUCAUCUACCCACUUUAUGGGUGGGCUCUAGAGAACGCGAGUCGAAGAUUCUUCUUCCGUUGGAAUUUUGCACUGUGGUAAGCGGGCAAGUCGUCAAUCGCAAAACCACCGAGAAUCAAACCAGCGCCAUGAUCAGGAAAACGGCCACUUCCACGAACAUCCGGAAAAAUAACAUCAUGCAAACUUUGCGAAACGUGAAUUAUAAUAAUGAUCCCUGCAUCAGGGAGUUCGGAUUUUCGAUAAGUCAUCAUUUCGAGAAAUUGGAUGCUCGCGUUCUGCAGCCGCCGAAUCUGCUGUAUGCGGGAAGAGCGGAAAUCAUGCCCAAUAAGGGUGUCUGGAGGGCGGACAGAAAUCAGUUUUUGGUCGGGGCCACUAUCAAAAAAUGGACGAUCGCGUCCUGUACGAGAUAUCCGGCGAGGGUGGAGCAGUUGGCGGAUAUGAUUUUUAAGAUGGGUCGAUCGAGCGGCAUGCAUAUCACCUCCAAAGCCACCCCUCCCUUCCAGCACAUCGGUGGACGCCAAUGCUUGCGCGAUUUCAUCGACUACUUCAAGAGCAAGCAAGACUACGAUUUCAUCGUGGUGGUGGUUCCCAACAGCGGGCCCCAAUACUCAUUGGUGAAAAAAGCGGCCGAAUUGAACGUCGGCUGUCUUACCCAAUGCAUCAAAGACCAAACUAUCAACAGACUCAACCCGCAAACAGUCGGGAACAUCCUCCUCAAAAUCAACAGCAAGAUGAAUGGCACGAACCAUUCGUUUUCGCCGAAUUCGCGUCCACUCAUACUGACCACUCCGUGCAUGAUCAUGGGUGCCGACGUCACUCAUCCUGGUCCCGGCGCCAUAGACAUACCCAGCGUCGCGGCGGUGACGGCGUCGCACGACCCAAAUGCCUUCCAAUACAACAUCUGCUGGCGUCUACAGUCGCCCAAAGUCGAAAUCAUCGAAGAUCUCUGCGAUAUCACAGUCCAACAGUUGUUGUUCUUCUAUCAAAAAACUCGGUAUAAACCGGAAAAGAUCGUGUUUUUCCGGGAUGGGGUUUCCGAAGGCCAGUUUGAACAAGUCCAGCGAGAGGAAAUAUCCGCUAUACAAAAAGCGUGUAAAAGGGUACAAAAAGACGGUUACGAGCCGAAGAUUACUUUCUUGGUGGUGCAGAAAAGACACCACACCAGGCUUUUCCCGGUGAAUCCCAGGGAUUCAGAAGAUAAGAAUAACAAUGUCCCGGCGGGGACUUGUGUGGAUACUCACAUUACUAAUCCGAUGAUGCAGGACUUUUAUUUGGUGUCGCAUGCGAGUAUACAAGGGGUGGCCAGGCCUACGAAGUACUGCACUCUGUGGGAUGAUAAUAAUAUGAGUAAUGACGAUAUCGAGCAGUUGACAUACCAUCUAUGCCACAUGUUUACCAGAUGCAAUAGGUCGGUUGGUUAUCCCGCACCGACGUACUAUGCACAUUUGGCGGCGGCAAGGACUAAGAUUUAUAUCGAGAAUGAUAACUUGGAUAUAACUCAGUUGAAGAGACAUCAAGAUAACUAUCAGAUCCGGGAAAACAUUGUGAAAGGGAAACCGAUGUUUUUUGUUUAAACAUAACGGAACAGUUAUAAUAAAUUUUUAGUAAAGGAUUGAUAUUUUCAGUUAACGUGUUAUGGGUAUUUGACAUAAAUAGGAUUGCAAGAUUUUUAGUUAGUUACUUAUCUAAUACCGACGUGUUAUGGGUAUUAGACAUAAAUAGAAUUGCAAGAUCCUGUGAAAGGAAAACCAAUCUUUUUUGUUUAUAAUGGAAAUUUCUAAAGAAAUAUUUAUUUUGUUAUUUAUUGAUGUUUAUUACUCCAAAAAAUUGUAAAAAACAAUGAGAAAUAAAAAAUGGAUU